AUGGUCCUCCUGCUGCUGAUAUGGGCCUUCUUCGCAGUCGUCUUGAUCGUUUGGCCCCCCAGACAGUCCGAAAUCUCUGUGGUGACAGUGCUGCCCAAUGAGAUCCUGGAUCUGCACCUGGAGCCGCCGAACGAUGCCGUCAGGGUUAUUCUGCAAGGACCCAUUUAUCCGGAACUGCAUAAUGCUGAGGAUGUGCCUAUGGUUGGUGUGCGUGUGGAGUGGCGGGACUUGGGCAUGAACCAGACCAUCCACCGCACGGCCAUGUGGAAUGUGUAUCUGCUGAAGGAGCCGGACGGCUAUGACGAGACCGCCAAGCUCUUUCAUAUCGACAACAGAGAGCGGAGUGGACUCGAGGCGGUGGUAUCGCUGGAGGGCAAGUGCGAUACCCCGGUACCCCUGGCCAUGAUAAUCUAUACCAGUCCCAUUGGGCCCAACAUCACACUUAUCUUUGCCGGACUCUUGGUCGUGGGCUUUUACAUCCUAAUCUUCUUCGAGCUAACGGAUCACACGUUCGCAGCCAUUCUGAUGGCAAACACCGGCCUUGCGAUGUUAACGGUUUUAGGAAACCGACCGACUCUGGAAACGAUAAUCUCGUGGGUGGACAUCGAGACCCUGAUGCUGCUGAUCGGCAUGAUGAUAAUUGUGGGCAUAACGUCAGAGACCGGGCUCUUCGACUGGCUGGCCAUCCUCUCCUACCGCAUCUCGAAGGGCUAUGCUUGGCCACUGGUCUUCUUUCUGGCCUUAAUGACGGCCGUUAUGUCCAGUGUCCUCGACAAUGUGACGAUGCUGCUCCUGAUGGCCCCCAUUGCGAUCCGACUGUGCGAGGCGGUCAAAGUUCAGACGCCGCUGGUCUUGCUCGUGGUGGUCAUGUACUCAAAUUUCGGGGGAGCUUUGACCCCGGUCGGUGAUCCGCCAAACGUGAUUAUAUCCACCAACAAGGAUGUUGUGAAGGCCGGCAUAAGCUUCCCUGUCUUCGUAAUGCACAUGUUGCCCGGUGUGGUGGUCUCGCUGUUAAUGGCCACUCUCGUCGUCUAUCUGACCAUGCGUAAGAAGAUGUUUGUCCUGAGUAAGGAGCAGAUUAGGGCUUCGACCAAGCGGGAGUCGAUGCGGCCCCGGCUAACCGAACAGGUGGCGGCACGAGCGACUUUGAUACAGGAUAGACAUCCAAGGAAGCCGUGCAUCAAGCCAGCGGACAAUUACUUUGAGACGCUUGCGUACCUGCAAACCUACUUCGGCAUCCAAGACAAACCGCUGCUGGUGAAGUGCCUGAUUGCGAUGACCCUAGUCGUGGCCGGCUUCCUGAUGCACCCUCUGCCCUUCAUGUCGGGCGGUUCGCUCGGCUGGGUGUCCAUCCUGGGCGCCUUCCUGCUGAUUAUCCUGGCCAGGCUGGAGAACGUAAAGGCGGCGCUUAUGCACGUCGAGUGGGCGGCCCUGAUCUUUCUAUCCGCCCUAUUCGUGCUCGUUGAGGAGGUGGAUAGGCUGGGCUUAAUCCACUGGCUGAGUGAACAGACGGUAGCAUUAAUUGGUAGCGCGGACCAGCGCUAUCAGACGAUGGUGGCCAUUCUCCUGAUCCUCUGGAUAUCGGGCAUUCUGGCAGCCAUUGUGGGUAAUGUGCCGGUGACCACAAUGAUGCUCAAGCUGAUCCUCAGAUUGGUGAAUAGCGACAAAAUCAGUGUCCCUCUAUCACCGCUCGUCUGGGCAUUGUCCUUCGGAGCCUGCUACGGCGCCAAUGGAACCCUUUUCGGUUCCACCGCCAACAUAGUCGGGGCAGCCGUGGCCAAGCAAUAUGGCUACCAUAUCACCUUCCUGCAGUUCUUCCGGUACGGCUUCCCCAUGACGAUCGUCAGUCUUUUGCUCAUCUCGGCCUAUCUGCUGAUCGCACACACGGUCUUCACCUGGCACGAUACAUAA